ACAGAAAGAAAAAUCAUACUUCUUACACAAAUAUUUUGAAAUUAAAACAGACUAUCCCUCAAUAUUCAACUAAAUAGUAUACAUGGCUACUUGGGUUUUGCAUUAUCUUCUCGUGGCAUUUCUGGUCACCAUAACUUACAGCAUCGACGCAGCGUCUGCAGGAAUCACGCGACACUACACCUUCCAUAUUCAACUUAAAAACAUCACAAGAUUAUGCAAGACAAAAACCAUCGUGGCAGUCAACGGAAAAUUCCCAGGACCGAAGGUUACUGCAAGAGAAGGAGAUAAUCUACAGAUCAAAGUUAUUAAUCAUGUCUCCAAUAACAUUUCCAUACACUGGCAUGGGAUCCGGCAGCUAAGGAGCGGAUGGGCGGAUGGGCCGUCGUAUGUGACACAAUGUCCAAUUCAGACCGGACAAAGUUAUGUUUACAAUUUCACAGUGAUCGGACAAAGAGGAACCUUGUGGUGGCAUGCACACAUUCAAUGGAUGAGAGCCACCGUGUACGGACCACUGAUCAUUCUCCCUAAACUCCACCAACCUUAUCCUUUUCCCAAACCCUACAAACAAGUCCCUAUAAUCUUUGGUGAGUGGUUUAGUGCUGAUCCUCAAGCAGUGUUACAACAAGCUCUUCAGACUGGUGCAGGCCCAAAUGCCUCUGAUGCUCAUACUUUUAACGGGUUGCCAGGCCCAUUAUAUAAUUGCUCCACAAAAGACACAUACAAGUUGGUUGUGAAACCUGGAAAGACAUAUCUACUACGACUGAUCAAUGCUGCACUCGAUGAUGAACUCUUCUUUACCAUAGCCAAUCAUACAUUGACAGUGGUCGAGGCUGACGCUAGCUACGUUAAACCAUUCCAAACCAACAUUGUGCUUCUCGGUCCGGGACAAACCACCAACGUACUACUCAAAACCAAACCUAUUCACCCGAAUGCAACCUUUUACAUGCUUGCAAGACCCUACUUCACGGGCCAAGGAACAAUCGAUAAUACAACCGUCGCAGGGAUUCUCAAAUACCACCAUAAACCUAUGUCAAACCAUUUUAACUCUUCUAAAAGCCUUCCGGUUAUUAAACCCUCUCUACCUCCUAUCAACAGUACGAGCUACGCAGCAAAUUUUACAAAAAUGUUUAGAAGUUUGGCCAAUUCUAGAUUCCCGGCAAACGUUCCAAAAACCGUAGACAAGAAUUUUUUCUUUACGGUCGGUUUAGGAACCAACCCUUGUCCUAAAAACCAGACCUGUCAAGGACCAACUAAUACCACAAAAUUCGCAGCAUCUAUCAACAAUGUGUCUUUCAUCUUACCAAACAAGACGUCUCUAUUACAAUCAUACUUCUCUGGCAUGUCUAAGAAAGUUUUCACGGCCAAUUUUCCAACUACCCCUGUUUUCCCAUUUAAUUACACGGGUAUGCCACCAAACAACACAAUGGUCUCAAGAGGGACCAAAGUUGUGGUCUUGAAGUACAACACAACUGUCGAAUUGGUCUUGCAGGGCACUAGCAUCUUGGGUAUCGAGGCACACCCUAUUCAUCUUCAUGGCUACAACUUUUAUGUGGUAGGUCAAGGGUUCGGUAACUUUGACCCGACCCGCGACCCAAAACAGUAUAACUUAGUUGAUCCGGUUGAGCGAAACACUAUCAAUGUCCCUUCUGGUGGUUGGGUUGCCAUCCGCUUCCUCGCUGAUAACCCUGGUGUGUGGUUCAUGCAUUGCCACAUUGAAAUUCAUUUGAGUUGGGGCUUGACCAUGGCUUGGGUGGUUCUGGAUGGAGACCUCCCAAAUCAGAAGCUUCCUCCUCCUCCCUCGGAUUUCCCCAAGUGUUGAUUCGGACCAAUCCUACUUAUCUGCUUUUGCCACGUCAUUUUUUUCUUUCUGGAAUGAUAUUUCUUUAAAAUGUGCAAUAUGUUUUUCGUUUUCCUUUUAUUUUUGUGUUUUUCUUUUAUUCAUGACCUGAGAAUUCUGGUUUUUAUUUUAUUUUUUCUCCUUUCAUAUUGUAAAAAGAUGAGUGAACUGAAGAGCUUUGUUAGCGGAUCGCGGUAAUAUUUCUUUGUACAUUAUUUGACGCAAAAUAAAU